GUCACACGUGCAUUCCAUUCAUGCGUCAGGACACCGAGGGGAUGCCAAGAGAGGGAGGGAGAGGGAUGGCCAGCAAGGCCUGAGAUGGCUUCAGCAGCGGUGCAUUUCUGCUAGCUGCAUUCCGGACAGUUCCGGGGCUCAUGUGGCAUGGGUGCGGCAUACAGCGUCGACUUAGCACAGUCAAUGAUGCACUCGCUUUCGAUCCACAGCAAGUCACGUCUUUCGUUGGCGAGGCAGGCAACGGCGAUAAAGAAGCACUGACACCAACACACAAUGACGGAUGCACACAUUCGCCAACGACACAGAGCGAGAAUUCCCACAACACAUCGAUGGGUACAUGAAUGCAUGCAGGGGCAGCCCGCGUCGAUUUGGAACGCCCAAGGCCGCCCGUCACGCCCAAUGACAGACACGCACCCAACCCCACUACGUCAAAAGCCACACACAUCCACUCACACCCACUGGCAGGGAAAUAGGCAGGCAGGCAGGCAGGCAGACCCCCCUCCCCCGUACUCGUACCACACACACGAAAUGAAUCGCUCGCUCUCUCUGUCGGCUGUGAGCGUACCAUCCCAGCCACACCAAGACAGACACCAGAACCGAUCUCACAUCUCAUGAACCAUGAAUGCCUUGCUUGAGUCAGUGUGGCUUGGUGGCGACAAAAAGGCCCCAUGUCUGCACGCCAGCCGCCACUCUGUCGAGCUUCUUCUGCCACCCCUCCCGCAGGUCAUCGUAGUCGGCCUGCGAGAAGCCCUCCGCAAAGAAGGCCUCCCGCUUCCCCUCCAGCAAGGCCAGCUCUCUUGUCAGCACACUCGUGAAGUCGGCCGACAUGUCGCGGCUCGUCUCGACCGUCAGGCCGGCCUGCUGCAGCACUCGCGCAUACUCAUCGACAGUGAGCAGAAAGUACUGUCUGUCGGCGAUGUAGCUGCGGAAUUCCUCUGUCCAUGUGUGGGGCGGCCCCCCGCAGCAGUAGUCGGUGAUAACGACCCUGCCGCCCGGCUUGAGCCACUCGCAGAACCGCCUGAAGAGCGCCAGCUUGGGCUCGAUGUGCAGGAUGGCGUCGCGGCUGUAGAUGACGUCCACACUGCUGGCCGGCAGUUCGAGCGUCAUGACGUCGGCCUUGCGGAACUCCAGCUGCCCACUUGGGGUGCCUUUGUAGCGCUCCUGUGCGAUGUCGAUACACGUGGAUGUGAGGUCGAUGCCCAGGACGUCGGCGCCGUAGGUCUCGUGGAUGAAGCUGUCACCGCCCCCAAUCCCGCAACCGACGUCUGAGUGGACGGACAGACAUAUGGAUGAAUGGAUGCGCAGACAUUCACCGGCGUGAUGUUCCGCCUGACAGCUUACUUACCGAGGACACGUUGUCCGGGUUUGAGCUGCAUGUGCUUGGUGAUCUCCCUGGUCGUCUCGAGACCGCCUGUCGAGAUGAAACCACUGCAUGGUACAAACACAGAUGUCAUGACCAUUAUACCGUGAGGCUUCUCCCUCCCAUAUAUCGUCCCUCAGCUGCUCACCUGCCAAAAAUGGCCUCAUACUUCAACACGCCUGCAGCGAGCUCCAGACCACACACAGGAACGCGACCAUCCAGCUGUGUCUGUCUGUUUCUCCCCUCUCCCGCUCCUCACCUCUUCUUGAGUACUGCUUCUCCUGCAGAUACCUCUCGUACUCGUCUGCCGACGCGGCCGAUGCACCACCGACGUCGAUGCUGCCCAUGACUGGAGGACAGAUCUGGACAGAUCUAGCAGCCCCUCAGCCCCUGGUGUGGUGCCUCUUUCUUG